GAGUGCGACCAUUUCAAAGCGUGCUUUUCGCAAACCCGAAUCCAAUCUCUACUCUCUUCUGACGAGAAGAGAGAGAACGGAGAAGAUCGCGAUGGUAGCCGGCAUUGUCAUUCUCUUUAUUCUCCUUAUGCUUCUUCUGAUCAUCGUCCUCAUCAUUUUUGCCUGCAAACCAUGGCGCUUCUUUUUCUCUUCGCAACCCCGCUUAUCCAUCAAGGAUGGUGACAUAGAGAGGCCCUUAGUUGCAGACGAUGCAAGUGCUUUACGUAGUCAGAGCAAUGAAUUGCCCCGAGAGUAUGAUCUUGAGGGUGCGUGCUUUUCCAAUGAGGGUCCUUUUCGCUCACCUCAACCACAUGGACGUAUUUAUAAGCAAAGGCUCCCUGCUUCUUCUCCUGAUGUGCCACAAGGUGAUAGCUUGAUUUUAGAUGUACCUUCUGAUGCUCCAGAAGAAGUUGCGCUUGGUCAAACACUCAAGCUUGCCCCAGACCAGUUAGCUGAAAUUCAAAAGCAUACUAGAGUGACUUUUGAAGAGGAUAGAUUGGAAGACACUGUGCAAAGAGAUAUCUUAGAUCAAAGAAGUUGCCUCACCCUGGAGGUUAUCAGUGGUCCUUCUUGUGGCGUUCGUUGUUCUGUACAAUCAACAAAUCCCUCUCAUCUACCACUGACAAUUGGAAGAGUUUCUCCAAGUGAUUUGUUGAUAAAGGAUUCAGAAGUGUCAGGAAAGCAUGCUCUAAUAAAUUGGAAUUUAGAUAAAUUGAAAUGGGAGUUGGUAGAUAUGGGUAGCCUGAAUGGAACACUUCUGAAUUCUCGGUCAAUCAACCAUCCUGACACUAGCAACAGGCGCUGGGGUGAGCCACAUGAGCUUGCCAAUGGAGAUAUUAUAACUCUUGGAACAACAUCAAAAGUUGUUGUCCGUAUUUCUUCUCAAAGUAGGCAGCAAAUUCCAUUUGGAGUAGGUAUGGCAUCAGAUCCCAUGUCUUUACGCCGAGGAGGGAAAAAGCUACCUAUGGAAGAUGUCUGCUAUUAUCAAUGGCCUCUUCCUGGGCUGGAUCAGGUGCUGGACUUCAUUGCUCCCAUUCAACCAAGGACCAUUCUGUUUGGACUAUUUGGCAUCUGUGAUGGACAUGGUGGAGAUGGGGCUGCUAAAUCUGCUAGCAAACUUUUUCCUGAGAUAGUUGCAAGCAUAUUAUCAGAUUCAUUAAAAAGAGAGAGGGUUUUAUCGCUACAUGAUGCAUCAGAUGUUCUUAGAGAUGCGUUUUCUCAAACAGAAGCAAGCAUGAAUCACCAUUAUGAGGGAUGUACAGCAACAGUGCUACUGGUGUGGGCCGGUAAUGGUGAAAAUUUCUAUGCACAAUGUGCAAAUGUUGGAGACUCUUCCUGCGUUAUGAAUGUCAAUGGAAAACAGAUCAAGAUGACAGAAGAUCAUAAGAUAGCAAAUCAUUCUGAAAGACUCCGAAUUGAAGAGAGUGGCGAGCCACUGAAAGAUGGUGAAACGCGUCUUUAUGGUAUAAAUCUUGCAAGGAUGCUUGGGGACAAAUUUCUCAAGCAGAAGGAUUCCCGGUUUAGUUCAGAGCCUUAUGUAAGUCAAGUGGUGCAUAUUGACCAAACAAGCAGGGCCUUUGCCAUUCUAGCUAGUGAUGGCUUGUGGGAUGUCAUCAGCAUGAAGAAGGCAAUUCAGCUAGUGCUUCAGGUGAGAGACAGAUACUCCACACAUGCAGAUAAUUCUGCAGAAAGGGUUGCUAAUUUCUUGUUGGGUGAGGCUAGAACACAAAGAACAAAGGAUAAUACAUGUGUAAUUUUCUUAGAUUUUGAUAACCUUGCCAGAUCCUCUUGUACAUCUGAGUCCUAGUUUGAAUUAGGAAUUUUAAUGUUACAGCAGUGGUGAUAUAUAUAUUUUUUUUCCCUCA